CAAUAGCCAACGCACCAAAAACAUCCAAAAAGAUGGAUGCUCGCGUCGAGGAAUUCUACCGCGAGAUCUACAUCGACCUCAGGGUCGACGACAACGAAGCCGCUCGGCUGUCGGCCUACUUUGCCGAGCUGAACCCGCCCCCCGACAAGCUGCUGUGGCUGCGAUCGACCGCCUUUCGGUUGGGGAGCGAGUUUUUGACGGGGGGCGACAAGGACAAGAACGUCUCCCUGUUGAAGUGCAUCAACUACGUCGUUCACGCCAUCGAGAGCAUUUGCAUGGAACCGGCCCUCCCCGAGGGGAACUCCGGGUACGACGGGGAGGUCACGGAGGACUACUACCGCGAGGUUUUUUCGGACCUUGCCGUGAAUCGAGAGGAGAGCGAGGAACUGAGCGCCUUUUUCAGGAACAACAUUCCUCCUUCCGACUCGCUGGUGGCCAUGAGGGCCGCGGCGUUUAAGGCCGCGAUCGAUUUCCUGAGCGAGGACGGGGACAGAGAAUCGGAUGUUUCCUUGCUUCGAUGCAUCAAUGCCGUGGUGCACAACUUUGAAUUCGCAUGCUACAAGUAAGUGCGGUAAGGGUAACAAUCGACGAUGGAAGGUACUUCGUAAUUUCUAUAUUUUUUGGGGCGGUCUUUUCGAUUCCAGUGUUUCACGCACAUUCUGUUCUUACCACCACGAUUUUUUCGCGUUCCAGGCCCAGGCAGUACACCCUGAAGAAGAAAUUCGAUUUGACCGUCGGUCUCAGCGAAGCCGUUCAGGAAAUGUGGAACCUGGAUGACAAUCGGCUGACACCGAACAGGGACUACGUUAUCGACGUCCAGGAGGGAAAGAAGCCCUACCGGAAGGAGGACGCGGCCGAGGACCCCUUGUUUGCCCGCGUGGACCGCAGCGCCCUGAACCGACCCACCUACCGGGCCUUUGUCGCCCUGCUGGACAACUACCGACGCGCCACGGGGGGCAGAGAAACCAUCGGCUCCCGCGAGGAGCGGGAGAUCGACGCCUUCCUGGAGGCCAUCCUCCAGACGGCCCCCUUGCAGUACUGCUACGCCUACCUGCGCGAGCAAAAGGGGGACGAUAUCCCCCCGAGCCUGUCCGAAUUCGGGGAACUCCUGCGGGACAUCUGGUUCGACCUGUACCGGCGGCAGAGCGCGAACGACUCGAGCGGCUUCGAGCACGUCUUUGUCGGAGAGGUGAAGAACGGGAAGGUCAGCGGGAUGCACAACUGGAUCCAGUUGUACCUCCUGGAAAAGGAGGGCGACCUCGACUACCGCGGGUACAUCAAGCCAAGGAGCCAGUCGGACGCGGAGACCAACUCGGACGACCACCUGCUGACGCUGCAGUUCCGCUGGGACGGGGUCGAGAAGUCCGUCGGAACGUGCCUGAUCGGGACCAGCCCCGAAUUCGAAGUGGCCCUCUACACCACCUGCUUUUUGCUGGGGGACGAGAACAACGAGGUGACCCUCGAUACAGGAACCGGGGACAUCUUUGACCUGAACGUUCGGUGCUACAAGCACGAUGGAGACAAGAUCGGAACCGCCUUUCCGGAGGUCAACGCCCACUGGGAGGAAUGAGCAACGGGCACGGCUGACGGCGAAACAGCAGGGAGCAACAUGUCUCGAGUUGCCACGCCGAACACGAGCAUGCAAGAAAUUAGAAAUCCGCAACAAAACUUGCAAUGAACUAUUUGUGGAUCU